CAAACAUUCCCUUGCCAUCAGGACUCAGGAGUGUACUAUAACUUCCAGAUCCCCUUCCGGCAGCCCGUGUCAGUGUUAUGGAACCAGAUCAGAAAGCUGAGGCUUCAACGCAAGCUUCCUCACUUGCAAAUGAUACCGACAAACAGCCGGUAGAGCCGGUACCAGAAACCAAACCUGAUCAAACCCCGCAACCGUCCAUCAACCGCUCAGAACUAAUAGCAAAAGCUCGCACUUUCCUAUCAACCCCCCAUAUCCGCUCGCAGGACAAUACCUCCAAACAUGCAUUCCUCGUCGAGAAGGGGCUUACGCAAGAUGAGAUCCAUUCACUACUCCGGGAAAUUCCUCCACCAGUACCACCACGGACAUAUCCCCAGCCUCCUCCAUCCAAUCUCCCCAACAUGUUCGUUGGGAUUGCGCGUAUAUUUACGUGGCUCACUGGUACCUCUGCAUUCGUCCUGUUCAUCUACUACCGGUUCUUUCUACCAAGAAUCUCCCAAACCUACCACGCUCGCCAUGUACUCCGUGCGCACCAGUCAGGACUCAUGCUCCGCCUCAACAAUUCCCUCGCUACAUUCAAGGAGAAGCAAGCGGAAUGUUUUGUCAAUCUACCAAAACCCAUGCUAUAUAAAGAGGAGCCAGAGUAUGCAGACUGCCAUUCGCUAGAUGAUAUCCUUGCAUGUCGCCACAAGGCGGACAUCGACGACGAGGAUGCUGGUGACACCUCAAAUGUCUCAAUUUUGCGCUCUGCUAUCGAGGAACUGGCUUGUUCGAAGGAAAGCACCGAGGGAAUAAGCACGGGGGAUCUAUUCAACCAUCUGGAAGCCAAGCUUCCAUGGUUGAAGGGAGAACAAGGUGCUGAGUGUCAGAAUGAUCUCUGGCAAACACUCAACGAAUCCCCUCUAUUCACUUCCACCUCACCACAGUCCUCCACUUCCUCCUCUACGCCUGAACAUCCCUCUCGCCUUCUUUGGACAUAUGUUCUUCCACCAAAAUCACCCCCUCCUCCUUUGAUCGUCGCUCUCGACACUUUACAAGCAGCGCUUCCCCGCACCGUACCAGCCCCUCCGCUCCCCAAAACUGAAGUAGUCCCUCUUCGCCCUGCACAACGAACCCUCCAAGCACUCGUAGAUUUCACCGGGUACAUCGCCACCCAAACUUAUUCGUAUGGGGUUCACAUGCGCAGCAUCGGCGGCUCGUUCACGCCAAAUAACACUGACGUGGACGAAAUACGCCGAGAGAUACGCGCACUCAAAGGUCUCGUUCUCAACAGACGCUCAUUUUUACCCAGCGUGGGGAUACCGCGCACUUCAAGCGAGC